AUGGGCAGCGCGUACAGACGGAGCCGGAGCUGGAACGAGAGCAUCAGCAGCUUUCAUUCCUCAACGUACUACAGCGACAUUCCUGGCGAAGACGACGAGUAUUCACUUUUUGGACGACGAUACUGCAGGACACACGACAAGUGUGCAGGUCCUCAUCGGCCUGCAAACAAGUCGGACUACGUCUGCCGUAAUCACGAUCUGCGGUGGGACAACCUUGACGAUGGCUGCCUCGGAGAAAGAAAUCGGCACGGGGGCGACUGCUGCCGCGUCGAUUGCAACAGUGGGAACUCCUCAAGACCGACAAAAGACAGACAAAAGACCUUCCUGCCUUCUGAGGCCGACGUGCGCCAAAAAGUUCCUCUACCGAGACGCCCGAGACACCAUCACCAUCAUCAUCAUCACCGUCAUCGACACCACACGAGACCAGACGGCUCUCCUGGAGGCUGUUCACGGGAGGGCACGAGAAAAACACACACAUGCUCCCGACACUAUAAAAACAACGAACCCUUACAAGUACGAGAACAUUUAGAAGACAGGCCAAGAGUGCCUAGCCGUGAACCUAGCCUCCAGUCAAGCCGACAACCGAGUCGCCAACCAAGCAGACAACACAGUGGCCAACCAAACCGGGAACAAAGCAGACAACACAGCGAGACACAAAGCCGUCAACCAAGUCGUCAAACCAGUCGUGUACCGAGUUGUCAACCCAGUCGUUCACCGAGUUGUCAGCCUAGUCGUUCACCGAGUUGUCAGCCUAGUCGUUCACCGAGUCGUCAACCUAGUCGUUCACCGACUCGUCAACCUAGUCGUUCGCCGAGUCGUCAACCUAGUCGUUCACCGAGUCGUCAGCUGAGCCGUCAACCUAGUCCGCAAAAAAGCCACAAGCACAGCCACCAGCCAAGGGGGCAGAGAAGUCGUGAGUCGAGCCGCUCAUCGAGUCGCCAGCCCAGCCGCCAAAAAACUCCUGAAGGCCCAGUCGCACAGUGCAGCAUGACCCUUGGUCACCAGCGUAGCUGCGAGCAUCGGGACACCUUCGGUGCGCCGGACCCCUGUGGGGAAAGUAGUAAUCGGAACAGCACGGGCGAUAGCAGACAAGUCAGUUUGCAAGAGAGCCGAGUCUUCAGCAACCCGGACGUCAGAGAAAACUUGCCCGUCUCCUGCAUUCCCACAGCCCAUGUAAGCAGGGCGCCUAGCGACCAACACGGGACCUCUGUGGCGUCGAAGCACCAUCACCCAGCACCGGCCAAGCCAGGUACGCUGCUAGACCCUACGUACAAGCCUGGAAGCCGAAUGCCUAGCAGAGCAGGCAGCUGUGUCACGAGUCGGACCCCCAGCCGCCAACAGAGCAGAAACGCCACUCCCGUGGCCAGUCCCACAGUUCGCAGUCCCUCGCGCAGCGUGCAGUCCAGCCGCCAACCAAGCCGCCAGGCAAGCAGGCACUCAAGCGACGGGGCUAACUCAAACUCCAUGGUUGACCUCAGCGGACAGCCAACAUGCCAGCCAUUUGGAGAGUUAAACUUGGGUACGAGCAGGCAAGCUAGCCGCGAACUCAGCAGACCCCCAAGUCGACAGGUCAAUCACGCCUGUGGCAGUCGCCAACCCAGCCAGCAGCUCGGUACGGAACCAGGACACCAGUCGCUGUACGAAGAAGGGGCACGAUACGAGAGCAACUACAACUUGAGUCACUCACACAGCCAGGUUGAUGGAAGUGGCCCAGACGGCAUCCUCCGAGACAGCCGCCUCCCGAGCCGCAAUUUAAGCCAUCAAACCAACCUGGAGGAAAGAGGCCAGGUCAGCCAGCAUCCCAGUCGGCAACAGAGCCGCCAACCAUCCAGACAAAGAAGCCGAGAACCGAGUCGCAAACCAAGUCGCCAAAUCAGCAGAGCGGCGAGCGGUCCUCUAUGUCAACAGCCUAGUCGAGAACCAAGUCGCCAGAUCACCAACCAACUCUCGUAUCGACGAACGGCAAGCACAGCGCCCGUCGAGGAACACGACCCACGCAGACACGCGUCCCGCCAGAUCAGCAGCAACAGACAGUACGAGCCGAAUACGGAGGUGGACUACAUUGCUAGUCGGCAAGGCAGUCGCCAGCCGAGUCGGCAGCCCAGCCGCCAGCCGAGUCGCCAGCCCAGCCGCCAGCCCAGUCGCCAGCCCAGCCGCCAGCCUAGCAGGCAGCCAUCGUACCAACCGAUAACGAGCACCGAGCCCCUCGAGGAAUAUGUGUCAAGCAGACAAGCCUCCCGCCAGCUCAGCGGCUAUAGGCAGUACGAGCCGAAUACGGAGGUGGACUACAUUGCUAGUUGGCAAGGCAGUCGCCAGCCCAGUCGGCAGCCCAGCCGCCAGCCCAGCCACCAGCCCAGUCGCCAGCCCAGCCGCCAGCCCAGUCGCCAGCCUAGCAGGCAGCCAUCGUACCAACCGAUAACGAGCACCGAGCCCCUCGAGGAAUAUGUGUCAAGCAGACAAGCCUCCCGCCAGCUCAGCGGCUAUAGGCAGUACGAGCCGAACACGGAGGUGGACUACAUUGCUAGUUGGCAAGGCAGUCGCCAGCCGAGUCGGCAGCCUAGCCGCCAGCCGAGUCGCCAGCCCAGCCGCCAGCCGAGUCGCCAGCCCAGCAGGCAGCCAUCGCACCAACCGAUAACGAGCACCGAGCCCCUCGAGGAAGAUGUGUCAAGCAGACAAGCCUCCCGCCAGCUCAGCGGCUACAGGCAGUACGAGCCGAAUACGGAGGUGGACUACAUUGCUAGUUGGCAAGGCAGUCGCCAGCCGAGUCGGCAGCCUAGCCGCCAGCCGAGUCGCCAGCCCAGCCGCCAGCCCAGCCGCCAGCCCAGUCGCCAGCCCAGCCGCCAGCCCAGUCGCCAGCCCAGUCGCCAGCCUAGCAGGCAGCCUUCGUACCAACCGAUAACGAGCACCGAGCCCCUCGAGGAAUAUGUGUCAAGCAGACAAGCCACCCGCCAGCUCAGCGGCUACAGGCAGUACGAGCCGAAUACGGAGGUGGACUACAUUGCUAGUUGGCAAGGCAGUCGCCAGCCGAGUCGGCAGCCCAGCCGCCAGCCCAGUCGCCAGCCCAGCAGGCAGCCGUCGUACCAACCGAUAACGAGCACCGAGCCCCUCGAGGAAUAUGUGUCAAGCAGACAAGCCUCCCGCCAGCUCAGCGGCUACAGGCAGUACGAGCCGAAUACGGAGGUGGACUACAUUGCUAGUUGGCAAGGCAGUCGCCAGCCCAGUCGCCAGCCCAGCCGCCAGCCCAGUCGCCAGCCCAGCAGGCAGCCGUCGUACCAACCGAUAACGAGCACCGAGCCCCUCGAGGAAUAUGUGUCAAGCAGACAAGCCUCCCGCCAGCUCAGCGGCUAUAGGCAGUACGAGCCGAAUACGGAGGUGGACUACAUUGCUAGUCGGCAAGGCAGUCGCCAGCCGAGUCGGCAGCCCAGCCGCCAGCCGAGUCGCCAGCCCAGUCGCCAGCCCAGCAGGCAGCCAUCGUACCAACCGAUAACGAGCACCGAGCCCCUCGAGGAAUAUGUGUCAAGCAGACAAGCCUCCCGCCAGCUCAGCGGCUACAGGCAGUACGAGCCUAACACGGAGGUGGACUACAUUGCUAGUUGGCAAGGCAGUCGCCAGCCGAGUCGGCAGCCCAGCCGCCAGCCCAGUCGCCAGCCUAGCAGGCAGCCUUCGUACCAACCGAUAACGAGCACCGAGCCCCUCGAGGAAUAUGUGUCAAGCAGACAAGCCUCCCGCCAGCUCAGCGGCUAUAGGCAGUACGAGCCGAAUACGGAGGUGGACUACAUUGCUAGUUGGCAAGGCAGUCGCCAGCCGAGUCGGCAGCCCAGCCGCCAGCCGAGUCGCCAGCCCAGCCGCCAGCCCAGCAGGCAGCCGUCGUACCAACCGAUAACGAGCACCGAGCCCCUCGAGGAAUAUGUGUCAAGCAGACAAGCCUCCCGCCAGCUCAGCGGCUACAGGCAGUACGAGCCGAAUACGGAGGGGGACUACAUUGCUAGUUGGCAAGGCAGUCGCCAGCCGAGUCGGCAGCCCAGCCGCCAGCCCAGCCACCAGCCCAGUCGCCAGCCCAGCCGCCAGCCCAGUCGCCAGCCUAGCAGGCAGCCAUCGUACCAACCGAUAACGAGCACCGAGCCCCUCGAGGAAUAUGUGUCAAGCAGACAAGCCUCCCGCCAGCUCAGCGGCUAUAGGCAGUACGAGCCGAACACGGAGGUGGACUACAUUGCUAGUUGGCAAGGCAGUCGCCAGCCGAGUCGGCAGCCCAGCCGCCAGCCGAGUCGCCAGCCGAGUCGCCAGCCGAGUCGGCAGCCUAGCAGGCAGCCAUCGUACCAACCGAUAACGAGCACCGAGCCCCUCGAGGAAUAUGUGUCAAGCAGACAAGCCUCCCGCCAGCUCAGCGGCUAUAGGCAGUACGAGCCGAAUACGGAGGUGGACUACAUUGCUAGUCGGCGAGGCAGCCGCGAGUCCAGUCGCCACCGUAGCUGCCAUCGUAGUUGUGCGAAUAAUGGGGUGUGCGUGGAAGGGCAUUCGGCGCUCUGCAGGGGUGAGCGGGAUCUUGGUUCCAAACUCCAGGCGUCUCCGCAGCGGAGUUUCGCAUGCUGUAGUCCAGGAUGCAAGGCACGGCGUGCAGGCGGUUUUCCCUCACACCACACAGGCGGUGUUUCCUAUGUCGUUCCCAGCCACCAUGCCAGUCAGCAGGCAGGUUACCAGUCGUCUCACCGGUUUGGCAGUGCCUUUGAUUAUACGGCUAGAGAGCAGGCGCAACGGCAACCGAGCCAUCAGCUUCGUUCGACGAAUGGGUAUGUUGCAGCCGACUGCCCAGACUUGCACCAAAAUAGUCAACUUUCUCGGCCACAGAGUAGGUUACUCUCGAGUCGUCAGUCCAGCAGAGACACAAAGUGGCAGCAGUCGAAUCAACACACGAGCAGCCGCCAAGAGCGGCCGUCUCGAUACGGGAGUCAGAAAGAACAGGGCCUGCACAGUCGACAAGGGAGCCAGAGGUCGCGGCAAAUUAGGGCGCAGGCAAGUGACAGCGUGGCAGAGCACGUGUGGCACAACAGCAGCCGCCAACUAAGCGACAGGACUCCCAGUCACUUGCGAUCCUCAAGCUGCGGAUCGCCUGAAGGUGCAUGCGUAUCUGGAGAUUUGCAAGCGCGUCGUCUGAGCCAUCAGCGGAGUUUCUCUGCCGACCCUGCCGAGCCAAUCGACAGGGGCGCUGAGUCUUCUCGAAUAAGCAGGGGUGACGGCAGUCUCACUGGCUACAUACCCCACGAUGACCGUCGACUUCCAGAGAGUCAUCAGCCGUCCAACUCUUGGCUACCCUUCAGUCAGCAAGGAAGCCGCCAAGGUAGUGACCAGCCUGCCCAGUACAGCAGUACAAUUGUAAGCAACACAAUUAGGCAACCUUCGUCACAGUCUAAAUGCACCAGGUCACGUGAACACACAGAGUACGACGGGCCUCAUAAUCCGCAGGGGCUCAGCCAGAAUCGGUUAACGCAUUCCUCUAGGGUCUUGGAAAUGGGAAGUCGGAGAGAUGAGGACCAACCGCCAUACCAUCGGAGCUUUGGGGGAGGCCAGAGGGGUGAAAGCGGCAUGAUCUCUGGUGACAACGAUCGGUGGUGGACUUCUUCAGAUGGUUCCUUUUCCCGCGGCUGCAUCCAAAAUGGCAAUAUUUCAGAUGGCAGGAGCAGGGGAAGUUCAUACGGACACGACAGAACUCAGAGCAAAGACUCUAGCAGCCUGGAAGGCCUUCUGCCGGACAUCGACUGGGAAGACCCACCGUCGAAAACCCCAAGCCUCGGAGAGUCCCAGAAGCUGCCCUCGAGUCGUGGACCUGCUGUCGCGCCGAGCAUUGUUCCAACCACGAUGCUCCUUCCAGAAAAACAACUUAGUAGGCUUCCAAGCCGACAGGAUGUCGAAAAAACGCGUGCCAUCUCCGGAAGCCCUGCUAUCAGUGUGGCAUACAGUGGUGGUGUACAGGGCAUCCCAAGCAGGGAAGCCAGCAGGCAGCCAGGCUCCUCUACCCUGAGUAGGCAAGGAAGCCGCAUACCAACGCUGGAUCCCAGCAGAGGAAUGUCGUCUGCUCUGGGAAGCAGACAGCCCAUCCAUCAGUCAGCAGCGGCAAAUUCGAGUUAUCUGCAGCACGCUCCCUCCUCAAACCGCAGACAGCCUAGCGGACAACAAAUGCCCUCAUCGAGUUAUCAGUCGAGCCAAUAUCACUCGCAGAUGCCUCCACGUGGAAUGGAGAAUUACCAGCCGUCACCGAACCGAAGCAGACUUCAAAGCAAUCUUGCAGGCCGGGAGCGCUCGAGUCGGGAGCCUAGCCGCGAAUGCAGUCAGCCGUCAAAGGUGCCGAGUAGACUGACAAGUCAGCCAGCGGAAAUUCGACCAUCCGGACAGAAUAGCGGUCGACCCGACACGGCAGCGAGCAGACAGGUUAGCGGGAGACCAAUCUCGCUUCAGCAAGAAGAAUGUAGACAGCGCAAUAGGCAAGCGAGAAGACAACCUAGUGGGCAGCCCGAACUUACACCCAGCUGGCAGGCAUCCAACGGGGACGAGGACGUCAUGUCCAGCAGACCGUUGAGCGUGCAGCCGAGUGUGCGUUCCGAGAGACAAUCUAGCUCCCAGUCACCCUAUCCUCGUGAAAAAGGAUUGUCGAGACGACAGCCCAGCAGGCAACCGAGCAGCCAGUCGAAUAUGCAACCGGUGAAACAGUCUACUUCCUACCGUCCUGAGAUGCCUAACAACAGACAAGAGUGCUACCAGUUUGGACUGUCACCGAAAAGCCGCGAGCCAAGCAUGCAGCCCCACCAGUGGACGGCAGCCUUGUCUAACCGGCAAUCGAGCUGUCAGCAACAGGUGGUAUCGAGCAAACAACGAAGCUACCAGGUGUCGAGGGUGACAAGUCAGCAACCAACAAGUCCCGUCAGCAGACACCCCGAUUACGCUCGCGACGUCAGCAGAGGACGAAGCAGGACACCCUCACAACAAAUUGUCGGUUGCCCCGAGGCGAACGGGGGCUCGCCUGGCGACUGCAGAGCGACAGGCGACGGGAGAACGAGAGCUGUGCCUCAGCGAGGGGCUCAAAACUCUCCGACAGCAAAAAAGAAUUUCUUGCUGCCUUCCUACCAGGGCGGACUCAAGCCGCAAAGAAGCUUCCAGAGGGGCGACCGCCACAUUCCUGGUGCUCUCCAGAGAACGAGUAGUGACAGGCAAGCUUACGGAACGGAACAGAAGGAAGUCUCUCCUCCACGUUCUGGACACGACAAUCCACACAGACAUGCGGGACCCACCAAAUCAUACUCAAGGCAACCAAGCCCGCAGCCUACUCACCAGACUAGUCGCCAGGCAAGUCGUCAAAUGGUUGAACAAGACAAUGGUUUCUACACUUACCCGCCUAGUCAGAAGGCUAGCAGGCAACACAAUAGAGGAGUGGACCACACGCCCUAUCAGGCUCCGGAGAGAGUUAGCCGGCAGCCCAGUCCUUGCGGGACUGAACGGAACGCGUACGACGGAAGCCGGCAACCCAGUUGGCGAGUCAGUCGCCAGGCAAGCAGACAAUACAGUGGACGACCAGGAGGUGUUGGGCGCAACUUUGUCUGCUGCGAACACUCAAAUGGAAACCUGGAGCGACAGACGAGUUUCAUCCGAGAGGACGCUGUGAUGCUUGAAGCUGCUCGGCAGUUGUCAAAGAAACUGCAAGACCUCCACGGAGAGGCUGUUAUGCCCGAAAGCGGAGAUGGCACGUGCAGACAGAAGGGAGACGCCAUCCAGGACAACCCCGCAAACCCAGAGAAUGUCAUGAAGUUCAUCCGUUCGUUCCGCCGAUCUUCCACUGAUCCUGCUUCAGCUCAAGCAAUCCUGCCCCGUGCCAAGGGAGGAAAUCAGCUGUACGAUGCCCCAUUCGCCGGUCAGUCCCGGCGGACGGACACCAACGUGUCGCUGACAGAGGAGGAAGAGGAGAUGGUGCAAGAAAUCGUGGAGCAGGUUAUCAAGUAUCUCAAAAAAAAAGUGAGUUGA